UCCCCCGGGAAGCCGAGCUGCGAACCCAGCCCGGAGCUAGGCAGCCCGGAGCUAGGAGGCUGCACCGCAAGCACCGUGUCCGGGCGGGCGGAGUCUGGGCCUGGGAAGCCGGCGGAACCGGGCGGGGGCGCACCGGCCGCUCUCCAGAGCGCACCGCCACUCUCCGGGCCGCGGGAGACACGCUGCGAUGGCGGUGCAGGCGGCGCUCCUCAGCACGCACCCUUUCGUCCCGUUCGGCUUCGGGGGCUCCCCAGACGGGUUGGGGGGCGCCUUCGGAGCCCUGGACAAGGGCUGCUGUUUCGAGGACGAUGAGACCGGGACGCCGGCGGGCGCGCUGCUGGCGGGCACCGAGGGUGGGGACGUGCGCGAGGCCACCCGCGAUCUGCUCAGCUUCAUCGACUCGGCGUCCAGCAACAUCAAGCUUGCACUGGACAAGCCGGGCAAGUCGAAGCGGAAGGUAAACCACCGCAAGUACCUACAAAAGCAGAUCAAGCGCUGCAGCGGUCUUAUGGGAGGCGCGUCCCCGGGACCGUCCUCCCCGGGCGCCGCCGACACCCCAGCCAAGCGGGCGCUCGGCGCUCCCAGCGCUCAGACCGUCGCGGUACCAGUCCACGGCAAGGCCGCCCCCCGGCGGGAUGCGUCGCAGGCCGCUACGGCGGCCAGCCUGCAGAGCCGGAGCUUGGCCGCCCUCUUCGACUCGCUGCGCCACAUCCCCGCGGCCGCCGAUUCCGCCGGGGGUUCCGUGGCCGCGCCUACCGUGGGGCUCGGCGGAGCAGGUGCUGGGGGCGCAGUAGGGGACGCCGCCGGCCCUGCUGGGGUUUCGGUGCUCGCGGGCUCCAGGAAGGUCCCGCUGCGUGCUCGCAACCUGCCCCCGUCCUUCUUCACCGAGCCCCGGGCAAGCGGAGGCGGGUGCGGCCCGUCGGGGCCCUGCCUGAGUUUGUGUGACCUGGAGAAGGGCUCCGAGAACCUGGAGUUCUUCGAACUGCUGGGGCCGGACUACGGCGCUGGCACCGAGGCCGGUGUCUUGCUCGCCGCGGAGCCUCUGGAUGUAUUUCCCACCGGAGCUACGGUCCUGCGGGGACCUCCGGAGAUGGAGCCUGGCCUCUUUGAGCCGCCCCCAGCGAUGGUGGGAAGCUUACUGUACCCCGAGACCUGGAGCGCCUCGGCCUGUCCCCCUACCAAGAAGCCGUCUCUGGCUACCCCCCGUGGCGGCUCGACCUUGAACGAGCCCUUGCGCCGCCUGUACCCAGCCACGGAGGACUCUCCGGGCGGAGAGGACGGGCCGGGCCUUUUGGCCUCUUUCUCCCCCUUCUUUUCAGACUGUGCCCUGCCCCCGCCGCCGACGCCCCACCAGGUGUCCUACGAGUACAGCGCGGGCUACGGCCGCACACCUUACUCCAGUCUUUGGAGACCGGAUGGGGUGUGGGAAGGGGGUCCGGGGGAGGAGGGAGCGCACCGGGACUGACACGCGGUAUCCUCCCUCCCCUUAAAGACUGCUGUGGGGAGCGCCCCCUCCGGGUCUCUCCUGAGCGUGAAGAACGAUUGGAAAACGCACGCGGAGAAGAAACACGAUUCAAAGUUUCAACUGAUAAAAAAAUAAAACCUUAAAAAGAAAUGAAGAGGAGCUGCGGGUUGUUUUAAUCACAGUCAAGUGUCUUUGUUUGUUUUGUUUUGUUUCGUUUUGUUUUGAGCCGUUGGUAGGUUCUCACUGGAACAGGCGAGCCAAGAAGCCGAGACGGGGUUUGGGCAGUGGGGUGGGGAUGGCAGAAGGGGCAAGAGGUGGCUUCCGUAGUCUCCUGUCUCCUCUAAAGCCUUUCAGCAAGCGGUCAGGGUAUGUUAGUGUAACUGACCCUUCCAAACAGUGUCCUGGUCCCUCCCCUUCUCUCCCCUUUGAGUCCAUAGUGAA